AUGGAUCAAGUUUCCGGAGAAAUACACGCUGUCUCGCUAUUUCGGAUGCGACGUGCCAUGAAGUAUUUUGGAAUGUUACCCUAUUCGAAUCAUCUUCUACCAAAAUUAAUCUGUAAUCUGUGGCUCAUAGUUUCAAUUGCGGUGUCCGCCUACUUUCGAUUCACCUUUAAUUACGAUUUCACCUACGACUUUAUGAACGACACCUUUUCGCGCACCAUUGACUUGAGCGACUUUGUAGGCCUGACCACAACUCAUUUUAUUAUCGGCAUGGAACUUAUAUGGUGGAAUCACUACAAGGAAAUAGAUAACCACCUCGAGGAGAUACGUUUUAAGUUGAAAGCCCACCUCGGCCAGAAUGUGGACCUACAACGGGUGCGUGGCUACUGCAAACCCAUUUAUGCUUCAUUAUUCAUUCGAUGUUUCGUUUUUUGCUGUGUGACGGUGUGGAAUAGUAGAGCCCUGACAUACUACGCCCUCUACUCGGAGCUAGUCUCCCUGGCGAGAUUUUCAGAGUUCACGCUGUACUGUGCUGUGAUUUUGGCGUUUUACCAAGAACUUGUAUUAGCUGGCUCAAAUCUUCUGGAGGAACUACAGAAAACCCAGUACGAACCAUGGGCCAUCCGCCAGUUAACGAUAAAAAAGCUGGAAAGAAUGCAACAAAUCCAUGGAUUACUUUGGCAAACUAUUCGCAGGGUAGAGCAUAACUUUAAGCUGAGUCUCAUCACAGUGCUGGUGAAGUUCUUUGUGGACACCUCGGCCCUGCCCUAUUGGAUGUACCUGGGAAUCGUCCAGCAAUCGGACAUAACGAUUCAAUAUUAUUGUGCCACAGACGAAUGCAUCAAGCUUCUGGAAAUUAUGGUACCCUGCUGGAUUUGUACUCGCUGUGAUGUAUUGCAACGAAGGUUUCGCUUCUUGUUCUACACGGUCACUACAGAUCGGAGGAACCGCCAACUUAAUGCCGCUCUCAACCGACUCUGUAUGCAGUUGGGACAGGAAAAGUGCAGGUUCAGUGCCGCAGGAUUGGUGGAAGUCAGCACAGAAAUGCUGGGAAAGUUUAUUUUUGGAAUGGUCAGCUACAUUGUAAUUUGCAUCCAGUUCAGCAUGAACCUCAUGGCCAGCAAACUCAAGAAACAUGCAGAAAACUUUACGACGUUUGAACCCAAAUAA